AGGAGGUCAAUGGAUCGCCACUCCAGCUUCCUCUUCAUCUGGCUGCAACUGGAGCUGUGCGCCAUGGCCAUCCUGCUGACCAAAGGCGAAAUCCGAUGCUACUGUGAUGCUGCGCAUUGUGUUGCAACAGGCUACAUGUGCAAAUCUGAGCUCAACGCUUGCUUCUCCAGACUGCUUGAUCCACAGAACACACACUCUCCACUUACGCAUGGCUGCUUGGACUCUCUUGCCAGCACGCCGGACAUCUGUCAAGCCAACCAGGCACAAAACCACUCUGGCACCACCAUACCCACGUUGGAGUGCUGUCAUGAAGACAUGUGCAAUUACAGGGGGCUUUAUGACGUUUUAUCUCCUUCCAGAGGAGAGCCUUUGGGGCAAGGGAGCAAAUACCAGCACGAUAACAGCAGAAACCUCAUCACGAAGGUUCAGGAGCUGACCUCCUCCAAAGAACUAUGGUUCAGGGCAGCCGUAAUCGCCGUCCCGAUAGCGGGCGGACUCAUCCUGGUGCUCCUCAUCAUGCUGGCACUGCGCAUGCUCAGGAGCGAAAACAAGCGGCUGCAAGACCAGCGGCAGCAGAUGCUCUCCCGUUUGCACUACAGCUUUCACGGGCAUCCUUCCAAAAAGGGACAGGUGGCAAAACUAGACUUGGAGUGCAUGGUGCCUGUCACGGGUCACGAGAACUGCUGCAUGACAUGCGAUAAAAUGAGACAGCCGGACCUCAGCAACGACAAAAUACUCUCGCUAGUCCACUGGGGGAUGUAUGGCGGGCACGGAAAGCUGGAGUUCGUGUGAUCGCUUCUUCGGCUUUUAAAUCUCCCUCCUAUAUAUCUAUUUUUUAAAACAUUUUGUUUUUAAGAUUACUAGGAAAACUUUUCAAAGGCCUUUGGGUUCUGCUGGACAGGAGCACUUUAUAUGGGGAAAAUCCUACAUCCAUUAGUCAUCAUUUUUUUUUAAAAAGAAAGAAACUAAAGGACCUCUGCAGAGAGAACCUUGGAUAUGUCUUCUGAAGGAUUCCAAAUUUAAUCUUAUUUGCACAGAGUAAAUACACUCAAAAUGUAUUGUUUGCUUUUAAAAUUAUGAAAGCAAAACCGAGAAGUUAUACACACUGUUAACCAGGGUUGUCUGAGCUGUAGGGAGAUGGGAAUUGAGUUAUACUAUUAAACUGUAUUGCAAGUCCUGAUGUAAAGAUUUUUUUAAAAAAAUAUAUUUUGUCUGAAACCGA